UCAAUUUCCUAAGCAUCACCACAACCAUGCCAUCGAAAGUUUACAACGCCGGCAUUAUCGGCUACGGCACGUCGGCCAAUGUGUUCCAUAUUCCGUUCCUCACGGCCUCUCCAUCUUUUAGCGUGCAUUCCAUCGUGCAACGCUCUGGUGAUUCCGCAAAGGAGGCACACCCGGAGUGCAUCAUCUAUAGAUCUACGGAUGAAUUACUUGAUGACAAGGACGUUGAUCUUGUGAUACUUUGCACUCCAGUCGAAACUCAUUUUGAGAUGGCCAAGAAAGCUGUGAAUGCUGGCAAGCAUGUGGUUGUGGAGAAGCCAUUCUGUCCCACUAGUGAGGAGUGUGACCAACUGAUUCAGCUGGCUAAAUCCCAAGGAAAACUUCUCGUUCCUUUCCAAAAUCGCCGAUGGGACGUUGAGUUUUUGACACUGCAAAAGGUCAUCGCUGAGGGGCAUCUUGGUCGAAUUGUGGAGUUUUCAUCGCACUACGAUUUGUACUUGAAAGAUCUACCCGGGUUUUGGCCCGAGAUGGUCUCACAGCCUGGAGGAAGCCUCCUUCACGGGCUUGGAACUCACAUCAUUGAUCAAACGCUAGUUCUUUUCGGGUUGCCUUCCAAGGUCACCGGUGUCUUGCAAUCACAGCAUACAGCUGGCAUCAACGACGCUUUUACGGUCUUGCUCCAUUAUCCAAACGGCAUGCUAGUCACACUCAAGUCAAGCGUGUUGAGUGCAGAAGCCGAGCAGUUGAGAUUCUGGAUUCGCGGAGAGAAGGGGAGUUACAGAAAGUGUCACAUCGACCCCCAAGAACCCCAGAUUAAUGAGGGGAUGAAGUUGGAUGACCCGGAAUUUGGGAAGGAAGACGAGAGCAAAUUCGGUAUUUUGACUGUGAGCGCGGAAAACGCAGACGCAACUCAAAAUCGCUUCGAGAGUGGGAAGCUCAACAAAUCUGUCUACCCAAACGUUGCCCCGCAGACAUAUGUGAAGUUCUAUGACCUUCUUGGAGCCGCUCUUGAUGGUAAAGGCGAAGUGCCGGUGAGGCCAGAGGAUAGCCGAGAUGGGAUCAGACUUGUUGAGCUGGCGACGGCCAGCUUUGAGCAAGGCGCUACACUCGCCGUUUAG